CAUUCUCCUGCGGCGGGUCUGAGCACCACAACAACAAUCAAGAACAGCGGUGGACGUGAACGCAACCUGGGACACGUGAACGUGUCGCGGGAAACGCUCCUUCUUUGUGUAUAUGGCGACUGGCAAACAACAAAUCGGUGCAUUACCACCACCAACUGGUAAGGCGUGUGGGUUGUACACGCGUAUCUUACAAAUGCUAAAAGUAAGCUCCUCAGAGUGCCAUAGCUGAUGGAAAAGUUUGUUAUUCGGGGACAGAAUAGAUGCUCCUGCACUGAUGACAUUCGUACAAGUCCAAGAAAGAAGACUAAACUGAGGAUAGAUGAGAAGAUGAAGGAAGAGGAGGUUGACGAAGAUGAGGAUGCAGCUUUAGCAGAGUUUUCUCAUCCUGUUCCCUGGCAAAAAAUAGAAGCAGAAGGACUAGAUGUUGAUUAUGCUUUACUCUUCUCCAAAGAGGAAGCAGAUCGCCUUUUUAAACAGCUAGAGGAGGAGAUGGUGUACUCAACAGGAGAAGAAGCAAAGGUCCAGGUGUUUGGAAAGGUGUACAAUAUACCAAGACAGCAGGCAACAUAUGGAGAUGCAGGUUUAACCUACACUUAUUCUGGGGUGACACGUUCAGCCUGCCUGUGGACUCCAACCUUGGAAUACAUUCGGGAUGUUGUUACAAAAACAACAGGACAGACAUUUAACUUUGUCUUGGUGAACAGGUACAAAGAUGGUCAGGAUCAUAUAGGUGAGCACCGUGAUGACGAGAAGGAGCUGGACCCCCUCUGUCCCAUUGCUUCUGUCUCUCUGGGAGCAGCACGAGACUUCAUCUUCAGGCACAGAGAUGCUCGGGGAAAACAGAGCUGCCGAAAGAUCGAACCUGUGAAGCUGGAGCUCACUCAUGGAAGUCUGCUCCUAAUGAACCAACCAACCAACACUUUCUGGUACCACAGCCUUCCUGUGCGCAAGAAGGUCCUCUUGCCUCGUAUUAACCUCACUUUUAGACGCAUCCUACUGGACAAUAAGAAACAAGAGGUAGCCAUGGCCAGACAUGGAUUAUCAACAGGGCCAGUGGAGCAAGUGCCCAAGAAACCAGACUAUGGGCUGAAUGGUAGCCAAGGACCAUAGCGGCUGGACGUCCGUGGGUGCUAGGACAAAUAUCACAAAUCUAAAAGCGACUGAAUCUGAGUGAUUAUUGGCAAGGUAAGGACUGGCAGCUGGGACUCUGGAGCACAUUUUCAGUGAAUCAGUACUUUAAAAAAUUGGCCCAAAGUUCUGAAAAAUUACAGGUUCUCAGUGAGAACAGACCACAUAGGCUAGAUUUCACUGUUUGUGUCGCACUGGCACGUACUGUUCAUGUACUCUGUACUAAGCAAAAAGUAAUGGGGCACUGUAUGCUGAUCACACAUUAGGCCUUUGACUUAUGUUGUGUUGGGAGGAAGGUUGUGUACUGUUCCAAAGAGCAAAUGUGUUUAAAAAAGAGAAAGUAAGAAAAGACCCUUUUUGAAUUACAAUCAAAGUUGAAAUGUGCUUGGUUGAAAUGUAGAUUUUUAUAUAUUGGCCAGACUCAGCUUUGGGUGGUUUUAAAGUGUAGUGUGGAAGAGGCCUGCUGACAUUUUACUGUACCUAUGGUUACAGUGAGAUCUGUGAAUGGUAAAGUGAAGCAUUGCCACGAGGUCCUUGAGCAUUUAAGUAAAUUUUUGAUAGUGGCUUUUGUCAGAGCAUUCAACCCCAUCUUUUGGUCUUUAUAAGCCAGUGGAGUUUGCCAACUCCAUCUGACUAAAGAUUAUUUUACACUAAGGACCCUUGGUCCUGCUUAUCUCUGUAGAGAAGAUUUCUUUAGUGAGGACUGCAUGCUUGGUCAGCUUACACAAAAUUCUUAGGUU